ACAUGGCGAUAGAUUUAAAUAUCCUGAGGAAACGAGCGAAUUUGCACACGCAUAUAUGCGACCUGGCCAAAUCGUCCAACAGCAAUUUGCCAAAAUUACCUCCAAACGCGAAAUUUUACAGCCGAUGGCAGCGGAAUCUUCAAAAGCUCGUUCUCGUCUCGGCCCGACAUCCCUUGACCCGAUCGGUUUUGCGCAGCCAGGCAGCUAUCGCCUUCGAAAAAAGAAGACACGCGAGGUCACCUUACCGAUGGGUGAUUCAUCCCUGCAGCAUGUUAAGAAUCGGGAACAGUAGCGGCCCUGAACGUUUGAACAUCGUGUAUCCCGCCUACGCUGUUUGUAUUAUCGACAUACUUCUAAACUUCAUAACUGGUUUUGUAUCCUCUGACGGGCACGAGAUCUUUCUUGACGCUGGUCUAGUGAUAUGGAAUUACGUCAGGGGAUAUUUUUUCGUAGAUUUAGUCAGUUCGGUACCGUAUACAUGGUUCUACCCAUUACGUAUCCUACCAUCUGGCCCUGAUUCGAAUUCUGCGUUGCUUAUUGCCGAGUUCCUGCCUAUUUUGAAGAUAAUUCGUAUGUCUACGUUACGGCGUAAUAUUCAACGAAUCAAUGCAGUAAUUCGUAAUAAAAUCACUAAAUAACCCAAAUCUAUGCCUUCGUGGAUCGAAUUGCCGAGAUAAAUUUCAUGAGCAAAUUUAAUUUGAAGCUUUUUUAAACAGAUGUACGGCAUACCGCGAACUAAAAAGACAACGAUAUGGCUCGUUAUCAUAACGUUACUGAUUAUUCAUUGGAGUGGCUGUAUAAGUUACAUAUUUCCACACAUUGUCAUACAUAUACAAGGAAAAUCUAUGGAGGUUUAUUCAAUCUCUAAUUUUAUUGCAUUUAAAUUGAUACUUUCGAGAAGAUCAUACCAAAACUGUAGUUUAUCUUGUAUCGUAUGAUGUGAUGAUUUUAGGACU